UAUGCCAUAUCUCCUUGAUGAAAUAGAUUCAGCAACAGUCUAUAAAAGACCAAAAGAAGCUAAUUUUCAUUGUGUUGAUCAUUGGGGAAUUGUAGUUACCAAUAAAUCAGGUAGCUAUCUAGUUCAUAAUAUGCCUGAAACUGGAACAGUUGCUACUCCGGCUUCCAAUAUGUCAAAUAAUUGGAAAAAAGUAGAGGAAUUAUAAGUUAGACCUAAUAAAAAUAUUAGAGGAAUGUUUAAAUCAAUUGGUUUAACAGGUGCAGAAACUAAACUUCCAAACGGAUCAAUAAAAUAUUGUGCUCAAUAUGGAUGUAUUGUUGCAAAAAAUAGAAUGAAAAAAUAUUUGACUAAAUGA